AUGGCAUCAAACCCAAUCUUGCCCAAGGAGGGCGAGCGCAAUAUCCUGAUUACCAGUGCCCUGCCUUACGUGAACAAUGUUCCUCAUCUGGGCAACGUCGUCGGCUCUGUCCUGAGUGCUGAUGUGUUCUCGAGAUAUCACAAGGCCUGCGGUCGGCCAACACUAUACAUUUGCGGAACAGACGAAUACGGUACAGCGACAGAGACCAAGGCGUUGGAGGAGAAGGUGUCACCGGAGGAACUCUGCGCAAAGUACAACAAGAUUCACCAAGAGGUGUACAAGUGGUUCAACAUCGGCUUUGACCAUUUCGGUCGCACUCCCACUGCCAAGCACACCGAGAUCUCUCAAAGCAUUUUCAAGCGCCUUCACGAGAAUGGAUUCCUCGAUGAACGCACCGCCGAGCAGCCUUUCUGCGAAAAGCACAACUCCUUCCUGGCUGACCGUUACGUCGAGGGUGAAUGUCCUCGGUGUCACUACGAUGACGCUCGUGGAGAUCAGUGCGACAAGUGUGGCCACCUGCUUGACCCCUUUGACCUGAUCAACCCCCGCUGCAAGCUCGACGGAGCUACCCCAGUCCGCCGCGAGACGAAACACAUUCACCUGCUCUUGGACAAGCUCCAGCCUGAGGUUGAGAAGUGGUCUGCGGAAUCAAUCAGCAAGGGCGACUGGCCCAAGAACUCCCGUGUCAUCACCGAGUCCUGGUUGAAGGAAGGUCUGAAGGACCGUGGUAUCACCCGUGAUCUGAAGUGGGGUGUCCCGGUCCCUCUCGAGGGCUUCGACAUGAAGGUUCUGUACGUGUGGUUCGAGGCUUGCAUUGGGUACCCAUCGAUCACUGCCAACUACACCGACAAGUGGGAACAAUGGUGGCGCAAUCCCGAAAAUGUCCAGCUCUAUCAGUUCCUCGGCAAGGACAACGUGCCCUUCCACAGUGUCAUUUUCCCCGCCACUCAAAUAGGAACUGGCGACAAGUGGACCAUGUGCCACCACCUCAGUGCUACAGAAUACUUGAACUACGAAAGCGGCAAAUUCAGCAAGUCUCGCGGAAUUGGUGUCUUUGGUACCAAUGCAAAGGAGACCGGCGUCGGCCCCGAUGUCUGGCGCUACUAUCUGUUGAAGAACCGCCCCGAGACCGGCGACACUCAGUUCGAGUGGCGUCCCUUCGUGGAUGCCAACAACAGCGAGCUUCUCGCUAAGCUGGGUAACCUGGUCAACCGUGUCGUCAAGCUCGUCAACGCCUCCUUUGGCGGCGUCAUUCCCGAGUUCACCGUGCCCGAGAGCUUCAAGCCCUUUGAGGAUGAAGUCACCACUCUACUCCAGCAGUACAUCGAGGAGAUGGAGAGCGUGCACCUGCGUGCCGGUGUCAACACCGCCAUGCGUCUUGCCGAGGCUGGAAACGGUCUGAUCCAGGCCAACCGCCUGGACAACUCGCUCAUCGCCAAUGAGCCUGAGCGCGCCGCCGCCGUUGUCGGUACCGUCCUGAACCUGAUCCACUUGCUCGCCAGUGUCUUCGCGCCUUACAUGCCCGGAACCUCCGAUUCCAUCCUCGAGCAGCUGAACGCCUCUUUCCUUCUGAUUCCCUCCCUCGAAGCUCUCAAGGCCGGCUGGAAGCCUGACAGCCUCAAGGCCGGCCACAAGAUCGGCAAGGCCCAGUACCUCUUCUCCCGCAUUGACCCUAAGAAGGCCGAUGAGUGGCGCGAAGCCUUCGGUGGAUCCCAGGCUGAACGGGCCAAGAAGGCCGAAGACGCGGCCAAGCUGGCCGCGAAGAAGGCCGCUGCCAAGGCGAAGAAGAAGGAGAAGAAGGACAAGAGCAAGGCUCCCAGUGGCGUGGAGGCCACGGCCAAGGGCGGUGCCGAGAGUCCCAGCGUGACGACCGACGGACCUCAAGACGAGGCUGUUGAGAAGAUUGCCGACGGCGUUGCCCAGGUCACCCUCCCCACCUCUUAG